UAAAGUAUAGAAUAAAAUAUAGAUACGAUUUUUUUCAUGUACCAUAAAGUAAUGAAUGCAUAAAGGUCUAAUUUCUGGCGUCAUAAGCAACCAAAAAAUAAAAUAAAAAAGAUAGUGCAUUACUAGUAUUAUUUUCAUUGAUAAAAAAGCAAUAGAGAAGGUCCACAAGAGUAGGGGGCAUAUCCACAUACCCACGUUUCCCUCGUUCAAUUAUAUUCGGCUAUUCCUCACAAAACUACCCAAUCAUCCAUCUCUCACAAACCAAAAUCGGUUUUCUUUUUCUUCUCUUCUUUUUUUCGUCUUGAACAUGAAAAUGCUAGGAAUCCAAGAAACGGAAACUUCUCCCCGUGAAAAGGAAAUGAUUAUCAACGGGAAAGAUCGCACCUUUAUGCUUCUCCACUCCCCACAGAUCAUUGGAUUCAGACUGAGGACGCCGAGGUUGCUUGUUAAGGUUGUCAAUGGAAGAAAGCGGCGGCGGCGGCGCAGCCGCCAUGGUUCCAAUGAUGCAGCGGAGAGGAAGAAGUCAUUGUCGGAACCUGGUGGGAAUCUUCUUCUGCCUGUGAAAACUGGGUCGGUUUUCUGCAGCACGUUUUUCAGCAGAAACCAGGCGGCAGAUGAUGAAAAACUGGGAAAGUCAAAGUCAAUCAAGAACAUCUUGGGGUUCAAGGGAAAAAACAUUCAAUGCAGAGAGAGUUUAGAAAAGUCAACAAAGUCAACCCAUUACUUGUUCCUCUCAAGAACAGGGAAGAAUGGUGGUGGGUCAUCAGCAAAAGAACCCAUCUUCUGCUUCAGAUUCUCUGGGCUGCUCAGAUGGAAGAAGAGGCUAAGAUUUAGCUUCAGGAAGUGGAGGAUUACUGGAGGAAUUGGAACAAGUUGUAUGGGUAUGGCAUCCCAAAGAAGAAACAGAGGCUAUUACACACAGAUUCAGAGCAUCAGAAAUCCAGAGGAGGCAGAUGAUGAAGAAGAAAAGGAAGAAGGGAUUGAGCUUUGCAAGAAGAGAAUCCUUAUGGGAGACAGGUGUAAGCCUCUCAGCAUCUCUGGAAGGCUUAACUAUGAUAAAAAUGGCGUUUUGUUGCCAGAAUUGCUUCCGUAUGAUUGACGAAUCAGAGUAGUUUUCUUUCCCAGAAUUACACAUACCUUAAAUUCUUCAGAUGAUCUCCCAUCAUCAAAGCUGCAGAUAUAGUAGUAUGUGUUGGUUUUGUUAAUGUCAUAUUGUCAUGGUUGAUAUUUUUUCAUGAAACGGCCAAACAAACUUCCAAUGACUUUCAAUCCGGAACAGGGACGGAAUCGGGCACUGGGCCGAACCGGAUCAAUAUAAAGAAUAUUUUGAAGAAAAAAAAUUACACAAAAAAUUUUACACAUAAAAACAUAGACAUUUUUAAAAUUUGGACUGGGCCAAGCCUGUCCCUCCCCUAGCUACACCCCUGAUUCCGGAGUGAUCCAAACUAGUGAUAAAAGAUUGGAGAGUUUUUUGUUACUGCCUUCAAACCCAAUUGAACAACCCCAACUUAUUUUGGUUGAACCAUUCUAGUUACCCCGCGAUUUUGACUACGGGUCAUCCGGAAACGAUCUUCAUGUGUUUUAGUACACGGGUAAGACUGCACACAUCCGAUCUCCCUUACUCUAUCGAAGGUGGAAGUCUUUGCGUCACUUGGGUAAUGAUGAUUGAUGGUGAUGCUAUGGUGAUUCUAGUUACCCCACAUUGUUUUCCUAUAUAUGGUUAAAUUCGUCUUGGUUCAUAUGGGUCUCAAAUAGUUUGACUAUAUUUAUUUUGUCCUAGGGGAGGAUCUACGCAUACUUAUGGGCUAAAUGAAACUCUCGUGUCAAUUUGUAGGGUGGACUAUAUUUGAGCUAUAUACUACUUUAAAGAAGUUCUCACUUUCCUUU